AUGCGUAAGUUUCCCGCCUGUCAGCCUACUCAAGCUAUCAGUAUGUGUAAUGAGGAGCGGCUCGGCGGCGGCGGGCUGGGUCUCGGCGGCGGCGGGUUCCGCGGUGGAGCGCAGCCCUCGCUCGCCGACUUCCAGCCGCCGUACUUCCCGCCACCGUUCGCACCGGCGCCUCACCCCGCCAGUCCGCAUCACCAACAACAGGUAAUGCAUCACCCAACGGGACCCAGGGUUGUUUUUGAUAACGCAGGGGUAAUGCACAUUAAGCCUCAAAUCAGUAGAGCGACCGCUUAACCCUCGAGCCAUGAUUUGAGCCAUACGAUGCGGUAUCUUAUCGAUGUUAUUCCAAUAUUUCGUUUCACUUUUCCUACUUUGACUUUAGUAACGACAAACGCAGGGUAAAGAAUUAUGAUUAUAGAUUUUAUAGCAGUGCUACCAACUUACAGUCAGUUGCAUUAACGUCCAUUACAAUUGACAUUAGUUUAAAACGACAUUACCCAUAGCAAUUUGACAGUCACUAGAGCUUAAAGGCGUUAUUAAACCUUAAUGGACGUUUGUGCAACUAACCGAAAAUCAGGUAAAAAUUUGAACUUACAUCUGAAUAUAGAGCACACUUCAAAAGACUUAAAAACUCCAUUAUUAUGGAUAAGGACCGCACUUUAUCUGACUAUCCUCAUCAGCCUGCUAAGGUCCUACUGCUAGUACACAGACCUUUCUUAUGGAUGAAAUCGACAAUAAGCCAUGACUCACCACCCGGACCCAGUGCGGAUUGAUAUGUGUUAGCGACUGCAAAUGCUCCCUGGCUUUACUACUAUCUUAACGUGCCUUCUCGAAGCACAGAGCUCGAGGUAGUAGAUGUUGAGCAACCUAACCUAUCUAUGACCGGCCAUUUCGAAAGUUGCUUGUAACUAGGACGAAUUAACAUGACAUCUGAGAACCUAUUCCAAUAGUCCUCGGACGAGAAUUCGGAAAAUAUCUCAUUGGCAUUAUAAUUUUGUUAAAAUUAUGUCUGUGUAGAUUAUCUGUGCACCAGAGACAGUUUCAGGUCCGUCCUGAAUUGUAUAGUAAAUCAUCGAAAAAUACGUUUCAUUUGAGUCGUAUUGGCAUUUCUAAAAUAGAUGAAAUUUCAUUUUCGGUGAUACAUUAUAGGCUUUAAGGUGUCAUGUUAAUUCCUGCGAGUAAUAAACGGAUGGUCCUCAAGUUGUAACGUUAUUGCAGAGUCAUGGCAUGGAGUACGGCGGCGGCGGUGGGGGCGGUGCUGAGUACGCGCAGCACUACGCGCCCCAGCAGCUGCUGCCGCGCCACCACCACCACGAGCCGCACGCGCACCUGCGGCACCACCGCGACCACCACGACCCGAUACAUGCGCACCACAAUGCUGCCAUGGAUGAUACAACAGGGUUCAUGACAGAUCUUCCUUUAUUAAAGACUAUGAAGGGUCGCGACGGUCUCGGCGGAGGUGGAUCGUGCGCCCCCAACGACGUGUUCUGCUCUGUACCGGGACGGUUAUCCCUCCUCUCGUCCACGUCCAAAUACAAAGUGACCGUGGCGGAGGUACAGAGGCGGCUAUCACCGCCAGAGUGUCUGAAUGCGUCACUACUGGGAGGUGUAUUAAGGAGAGCAAAAAGCAAAAAUGGCGGCCGCCUUCUUCGGGAGAAGUUAGAGAAGAUAGGCCUCAAUUUACCCGCGGGAAGAAGAAAAGCUGCCAACGUGACAUUACUGACUUCAUUAGUAGAAGCUGAAGCCGUACACUUGGCGAGGGACUUCGGUUACGUGUGCGAGACGGAGUUCCCUGCGCGUGCGCUGGCGGAGUACCUUGCGCGGCAGUACGCGGAACACGACGCUCGUAGACGCAGGGAUCUGCUGCAAGCCACCAAACAGGACAGAUCGCCGUUGUGCAAUACACGGCCACCACAUUUAUUAGAGCCCGCGAUACAGAGGCAUCUGACACAUUUCUCUCUCAUAUCGCACGGGUUCGGAGGUCCAGCUAUAGUAGCUGCACUCACUGCCAUACAAAACUUCCUCAACGAGUCCCUCAAGCACUUAGACAAGCUUUAUCCACAAAGUGGCAUGGUAUCCUCAUCUAUGGACAAAACAAAAAUGGACCCAGACAUUAAAAAGUAA